UUUCGUACGACUUGUCAUCAACCUCUUCCAAACGCAGAUAAGAUUCAACUGUUAAAGCGUCAAAAUGUCGCUCUCAAAGCAAUUUAGGAAACUUUUUAUUUCAUCUCUGCUCAACAAUGCUAGAGCUUUCAGUACCAGUGGAUGUCGGCAUAGCAACACACUACUCCACAGAACUGUCAACAGACACCGUCGCCUCAAAGAGGGAUCAACAGACUACCAAGACAUUGGGGAGGAUCAAACUAAUGAUCGGACUGUAGAGGUGGUGGAACUACAGCUAGAUCUAGCAGCCAAACAGAGAGAACAGAAAGAAAUCGAAACAUUUAAAGAAAAAUAUCCAGAUUUCUUACCUCGUACAGACCUGAUUUCCAGGAGGGACUUUGUAAUAGAAAUGUUACACAGACGAGAUAUGUUCAAACGCAGACAAAACCUCACCGUUCCCGAGUUUUAUGUCGGAAGUAUCUUGGCUGUCACAGUAUCAGAUUCAUAUUCCCCAAACAAGGAGAACCGAUUCGUUGGGAUCUGCAUCCAGAGACAGUUUGCAGGACUCCAGCACAACUUUACACUCAGAAACGUCAUCUACGGACAAGGAAUCGAAAUCAAGUAUGACCUAUAUAAUCCAAACAUCCUGAGUAUCGAGUGUCUGAAGAUGGAGAAGCGUCUUGACCCCGAGCUGUUUUACCUGAGGGACUGUGCUCCGGAGCACUCAACAUUCCCCCUAGACAUGGAGAAAGUCCCGGCCCCCAAAGGAAAAGACGUACCGAUUAACGACAUUAAGGUUGUACUUAAUGACCCACCAUGGUUGGAAAGAUGGGAGAGAAGGAAGGACUUGAAAGGAAUCACUGGAAAUAAUCGCACCCUGACAAAGCGACAAAAACAGAGGGCACUGCUGUCCGAGAAGCCGUGGCGGGAAAAUGACCUGAUGUUGGAGUACAGGCAUUCACUGAGAGAUGACGAGGUACGGCACAUUAAAAACAUUGUGGACAGAUUCGAGGAGAGGGAACAGCGAAGGAAGGAGGAGGCACAGAAAGACAACAUCGUGCAGAGCUGAGCUUUGUGUGUUGCAAAAACGAACGAUUUAUUGGGAUAAGAUCAGGCAGAUCCAAGAGUACGACUCGCUGAAAUGAAUCAACACAAAUUAAUGUACUGAAAUAAAUGAAAGUGCUUGAAGACAUAUUUAUGUUGUUGAAUAACCUGAUAUGAUAAAGAUGCACUUCCAUGUAAGCAUCAGACAUUUUUAUUAUUCAGUCAUAAAUGCACUGUGUUACCAUAGCUCACAUGAACUGUAUGCUGGAAUAAAGUUAUCAAUGGGA